AUGCCUCACUUUGACGAAAGCAAGGCAUACGCCGUCCAGGAGGAAGUAUUCUUCGACGACGGCCGCGAAAUCGAACUCCUACACUUUGUCUACAGCCAGCCCAAUCUCGAUGAGAUCCGCGGCUCGCCCGAGGGCGUGUUGAAGGCGAUUGACGACUUUGGCCGGACCAAGAAAUACCUGAUGAACGUGGGCGAGGACAAGGGCAAGAUUGUGACAGACUUGAUCGCCGAGGUCAAGCCCAAGGUAAUGGUCGAAUUAGGAGGCUACGUAGGCUACUCCUGCAUCCUCUUCGGCGCCGCCGUGCGCAAAGCCUCCCCGGGAGGCGGAGCGCAAUACUUCUCCCUCGAGCGCAACCCCGAAUUCGCCGCCGUCAUCGGCUCCCUCGUCGACCUCGCCGGCCUCACCGACACGGUCAAAGUCGUCGUCGGCCCCAGCGACGCCUCCAUCGCCCGGCUGCACUCCGUCGGCGCCUUUUCCAAAAUCGACCUCAUGUUCCUGGACCACUACAAACCCGCCUACACCACGGACCUCAAACUCGCCGAACAACUAAGCCUCGUCGGCCCCGGUUCCGUCCUCGCCGCCGACAACGUCAUCAAGCCGGGCAACCCCCCUUACCUCGAGUACGUCCGCAGCUCGGUGGCUGACAAGCGCGCCGCGGCGAAAGACGUCGGCGCCGCGAGGAAGGCGGCCGGGUGGCAUGACGAGCGCACGGCGAAGCAGUACGAGAAGCGGGAGGGUGAGGAGAGGUUGGACCUGUCGCGCAUCGGGAACCCGAAUCUGCGAUAUGAGAGCAAGCUCAUCAACAGCUUUGAGCCGACUGGUGUGCCUGAUGGUGUUGAGAUUACAAGAUGUGUUGGUGAGGAGAAGGAAUGA